ACCUGACAGAAGAUAACAUGGAGACAGAGAAUGCAGCAGCUGCAGCUGCAGCAGCCUUCACAGCCACCUCGCAGCUCAAGGAAGCGGUAUUAGUGAAGAUGGCUGAAGAGGGGGAGAACUUGGAGGCUGAAAUUGUGUACCCCAUCACCUGUGGAGAUAGCAGAGCUAACCUGAUCUGGAGAAAGUUUGUCUGUCCUGGCAUCAAUGUGAAAUGUGUUCAGUAUGAUGAGCAUGUAAUCAGCCCGAAGGAGUUUGUGCACCUGGCAGGGAAGUCCACCCUGAAGGACUGGAAGAGAGCCAUCCGGAUGAACGGCAUUAUGCUCAGGAAGAUCAUGGACUCUGGAGAGUUGGACUUCUACCAGCACGACAAAGUGUGCUCCAAUACCUGCCGCAGCACCAAGAUCGACCUCUCUGGGGCCCGCGUGUCCCUGAGCAGCCCCACGUCCGCCGAGUACAUCCCACUCACACCAGCAGCGGCGGAUGUGAAUGGCUCCCCUGCCACAAUCACCAUCGAGACUUGUGAGGACCCCGGUGACUGGACCACAGCCAUUGGAGAUGACACAUUUGCCUUCUGGCGGGGGCUGAAGGACGCUGGCUUGCUGGACGAGGUUAUACAGGAAUUCCAGCAGGAGCUGGAAGAGACCAUGAAAGGCCUGCAGCAGCGGGUGCAGGACCCCCCGCUGCAGCUCCGAGAUGCUGUCCUUCUCAACAACAUCGUGCAGAACUUUGGCAUGCUGGACCUGGUGAAGAAGGUGCUGGCCAGCCACAAGUGCCAGAUGGAUCGCUCACGGGAGCAGUAUGCCCGGGACUUGGCAGCCCUGGAGCAGCAGUGUGAUGAACACCGCCGCCGUGCCAAAGAGCUGAAGCACAAGUCCCAGCACCUCAGCAAUGUGCUCAUGACGCUGACGCCGGUCUCCCUGCCAUCCCCUAUGAAGCGGCCCCGUCUUGCGCGGGCCACAUCGGGACCAGCUGCCAUGGCUUCACAGGUGCUUACACAGUCUGCACAGAUCGCCCUUGCCCCAGGCAUGCCCAUGUCUCAGCUGACCAGUGUGCCGCUAGGCAAGGUGGUCUCCACGCUGCCCUCCACGCUGCCCUCCACGGUCCUGGGCAAAGGCUCCCCGCAGGCUCCCCCAGCCACUUCACCGGCCUCCCCACUGCUUGGGGGCUACACAGUCCUGGCCUCCUCAGGCUCCACCUUCCCCAGCACGGUAGAGAUCCACCCAGACACGUCCAGCCUCACGGUGCUGAGCACAGCAGCCAUGCAGGACGGGAGCACGGUGCUGAAGGUGGUCAGCCCGCUGCAGCUACUCACCCUGCCUGGCCUGGGCCCCACCCUGCAGAGUGUGGCCCAGGCAGCGCCGGCAGGCAGCACGAUCGUGACCGUGCCCACGGCGGCCGCCCCGGGGCCUGAGGAGCACACGGCCACCAUCGAGGUGGCUGCUGUGGCAGGGGACCAUGAGCAGAAGUAGCUGGCGGGGAGGGUGAGCCCCUAGGGUGUGGACCGGCUGGCUCUCCUCAGACCACUGCGGGCAGAGGCUGCGGGGCUGGCUCAGCACAGGCAGGUCUCAGGGGCUGAACCAAAGAGAGGAAUUGCCAGAUGAAUCAAGAGAAGAAGAAAAAAGGGACAGAAUGAUGCCAGCAACCUGGAAAAUCAGUCUUCAAGUUCAAAACUUACUCCCCUUUUUUCUUGGGAAAUAUACUUUUCCAUCUGUUGCUUA